UAAAUAUAAAUACGACAAAUUUUAUAUUUUAUAAUAUUAUAUAAGUAAAUAAAUAACAUUUCAAUCAACCUACGUCGGUAGAAGUCAAAAACUACUACUCUAAAUAAAUAAAUAAAUAUCUCAAACUGAAUUUCUGAGAUUAUAUGUAUUCUGAUAAUGAAACUGAAUUUCCAAAUUUCCAAAUGAAUAAUGAUGAUUAUCCUAAUAUUCCUUCUCCUUUUUUAACCACAUCAAAAAAAUCUACAACAGGAGAUGAAGGAAUGAUGGAGUUAAUAUGGCAAAAUGGACAAAUAAUUGUGCAAAGCCAAAGGCAAAAUCAAAGAAGUAUGAUGAAGAAAUCGCACCUGUUAGAAGCAACGGUAGCAUCAUCAGUUCCAGUAUAUAUACAGGAAGAUGAUGAAAUGAAUUGUUGGCUUCAAUCUCCAUUUGAUGAUGACGAUGAUGAUGAUUCCUCCUUUGCUGCUGAUUUUUUAUGUACCGCCGUGCUCCGCCGCCGAAGAAACGCCGGAAGCUGCGCUGCCGUGAACUCCGCCGCAGAACUGCCGGGAGAAAUUGAUAAAAUUAGUAGCGCUGCCAUGAUCUCCGCCGCACUGCCGGGAGAAAUUGAUACUACGCCGAGCUGCGCAGCCGUGAUAUCCGCUGCAGAACUUCCGGUAGAAAUUGAUAAAAUUGAUGAUAUGCAAAGCUGCGCAGCCAUGAUCUCCGCCGCAAUGCCCGGAGAUAUUGAUACCACGCCUAGCUACGCAGCUGUGAUCUCCGCCGCAGCAUUGCCGGGAGAAACCCAUAAAAUUGAUAAUAUGCAUAGCUGCGCAGCCGUGAUCUCCGCAGCAGCACUGCCGGGAGAAACGAUUGCAUCGUCGUCUCCACCGCGGCCGAUUAUACCGCAAUUGAGAUGUACUGAAGGUGAAGUAACACAUAGGUUGCAAGAUUUUCAAUAUGCUAAGCCAAAUUGCGCCGUCGUGACCUCUGCCGCAACACCGGAGGAGGAAAUUGAUAAAAUUGAUGCUUUGACGGUGGAGAUACGUCCGGCAGAGACGAUUGCAUCGUCGUCUGCGCGGCCGAUUUUACCUCAAUUGAGAUGCACUGAAGGUGAAUCAUUACAGAAUUUCAAGCAUUUUUCACGAAAUUGUACAUCAAACUCUGGUCACUCAGUUAAGGCAUCGACGGUUGUGGAAUCAAACGAAACUCCUAUAGCUUCAGUGCCGGAGCAUAUCCAUUCACGCGUAUUAGAUAAUGCAACGUCAGUUUCCGCCGCCGCAGCGACGGUGGCGGUGAGUGGCGGUAAGGAAGUGAUGACGUCCACAUUUGAGUUGGCAAUGACGUCAUCUACAAGUGGUUCAGGAAGUGCCGGUGAAGAACCGCCGCAUGCGGCGGCAGUGGCGGUGGAUGAUCGGAAACGGAGAAUUAGUGAGUUCGUCGACGAUGAAGGUCAAAAUGAGGAUGUUGAAUUUGAGUCUGCUGACGCGAAGAAGCAAGUUAAAAGUUCUACAUCCGCGAAGAGAUCUCGUGCAGCUGAGGUUCAUAAUCUUUCUGAAAGGAAACGCCGAGAUAGAAUAAAUGAGAAGAUGAGGGUUCUACAAGAACUCAUACCACGCUGCAACAAGGCAGAUAAAGUUUCAAUGCUGGAUGAGGCAAUUGAGUACCUUAAAUCAUUGCAAUUGCAAGUACAGAUGAUGUCCACAGGAUGCAGCAUGGUCCCUAUGAUGUAUCCUGGAUUCCCGCAAUAUAUGCCAACAAUGGGAAUGGACAUGGGGAUGGGGAUGAGUAUGGAAAUGGGCAUGAAUCGGCCAGUAGUUCCUUAUCAGCCGUUAAUGCCAAGUCCAGCAAUGCAGAAUGCAGCUGCAGUAGCACAAAUGGCUCCUAGAUAUCCUCUUCCGGCAUAUCAUUUGCCACCAUUUCUUGCACCUGAUUCAUCCAGAAUCCCUGUUGCGAAUCAGCCAGAUCCUCCGAGGCUAAACUCACUUGUUGGACAUAAUACCAAUCAGCCAAAACUUCCGCAUUUUGCUGAUUCAUAUGAUCAAUAUUUUGGUCUCCAGCAGGCACGACUGAUGUUACCCCAGGAUAAGGGAGUGGAACAGCUGAACUGCAGUAAACCGAACAGCUACAGAGAAGGAAGAGCAGGGAAUCAUCGAACUGGUAAGCAUCCGAUUCAGAUGACCAUGUUUUACAUAUUACAUUAUUGUGGUUCUUGUAUCGAUGCCGAAGAAGAAGGAAAAGAUUUCUCAAUACUGUUGGAGGCAAAGUCAGAUCUAGAAUUUCUAUAACAUGGGGCAACACUAAAAGAAAGAGGAAAAAUGAAGUAUCAACUGGGAAUCAAUCCUUAUUCUUCUAGGUAAAUAAUUCAGCAUUCAACCAAGUGUAUCGUUCUCGACCUUUUUGGAACAUGGGGGCAGCAGAUAAUACUAUAGCAACUAUUGCAAGUUUGGGAAAUACAGCAACAUAGUGGAGUCUGGGAAGGAUGGUGCGUACACAGACCUUACCCCUCCCUCCCUUCCGAGAUUGCUUCCGAUAGAUUCUCGGUUCACCAAUUUUAGGAAAUUUGUACGUAAUAUUCCAGUUUAGCGUCAAGACCAUGGGUUCACGUACACCAUAAUUUGGGCAGUUAACCGUCCAAGGUUGGAGGGUGGCAAUUUCGUUCCAUCUCACACUGUCUACUUGUUAUGUUAUAACUAUAUAUAUCAGAGCAACAAGAAGAUAACUAGCAUGAAACUUUUAGC